UUUUAUCUGGAAGAUAGAUUGGGAAGAUGUCACUUUAUUUUUGCACAUUAUCAACGACUAUUUCUUGAAUGCUUACUCUACCUUGUAAGCACCAUGUUAAAUGUUUUCUAUCUAUCUGAUCUCACUUCAUCCUAAAAGUAUAUCUAGGACAUGUAAUUAGCAACAUUUCCAUUUUUCAGAGGAGAAAAGCGAGAGGUGAAGUCCAUUUGCCCAAGGUUAGCACCCAGCUGGUGAGCAGAGACAGAAUGUGGACGCGGGCAUUUUACAUUCAGCGAUGUUCUGCCCCUUUCUGGCCCAGCCUUCCUCAAGACGCUUCCACAGAAGACAUCAGGACUUCUGUUCCAGUGCCCCCAAUCGAUGUCAUGGCAGAGAGCAUGGCGUCGUGGACAGAGGGAAGGAUAAACCACUGGAGAAAGGGUCGGCAGACCUCCCCCUUCUUCCCUGACAUCGUGGUCCAGGCAAACCCCCAACAUUCCCUGGUUCCCUGUGACAUCACAGCCUCCUCUCUUCUCUGCCAGUUACAGGAAACAGCCCUGCCCAGGCAACUGGGUUCAAAUUCAAGGUUAGCUGACUCAACAAGGCGCCCCUACAGGCGAAGCUGGCAGAGUAAAGGCUUCAACUCUUCUCCAUGGCAGCCCACCAAAACUUGGCUUCGAAGAUCUUCUGUUUGUGCUGCAGAGACUGUGAGGACCCCCAGGCCAUGGAUGACCCCAAGGCCCCCAGUGAACCUCAGGAUCAGCAGCCAUCCACCUGCAGUAGGUUUGCAGAAGGAGGGGCUGGACAGCAAGAAUUUGAAGCGUGCUAAUGAAGCCUCCCACUCACCUUUGGGACAACCUCUGAUCCACCCAGAAAAGAGAGCCUCCACCACCAGCAACAAUGAGUAUGAAGAACUGAAUACACACGUCUCCCAAAGAGGUUUCUGCAAGAGAAACCUAAACCGCUACUCCCGGGACCACUGGCCAUUCCAGCCGUGUCACAUCGGGAGGCCCUGAGCAUUCUAGACCGCCGCUCCCACGCGGGCCUCCCAGGCUGUGGGCCGCUGGGGUGUCUCAGGAAGGAAGAGGCAGUGAGCAGGGGCCAUGAAGACGGAUUCAGAAACUCCCCCGGGAGGAGAAGACGUCUGAGCCACCCCUGUGCCGUGCCACCAGCAGGAGUCACUCCAGCUCCUGAAAAAGCCACUGUGGAGGGAGCUGUUUCCAAUUAAAGCCCUUAGUGAUA